AUGGCGAGAAGGGGCCACGAGGCAGAUUUCAGGCCGGAUGUUAGGGCCAGCAAAAACUUCUUAAUGAUGAGAGCCAUCCUGAAGUUCAGAGUGAGCAUUUACACCCCGGAAAUCACCCCAAACUACAAAUCAAGGCGUGAUCCAGGGCUCCCCGCCUCCCCCGGGAGUUGCAGGCAGAGGCGGGCUGACCACCUCGUCUGGGAUAUCCUAGGGGGUUGUGUGCCCAGGACUCCCUGCCGGGAUUUGGGUCCUGGGACUACGGUGGCAGCCGCUGGAGGCAGUGUGGUGAGGGGCGGGGCCGGACGGGGUGUCACUCAGCCCGCCACGCCCACGCCAGACCCCGCCCCCUGGGCGGGGCCGCCGUCCCUCCCCUCCUGUUGUUGGGUUUCCCUCGCGCUUCUGCUGCUGCUGCCGCCGAACAUGGCUGCGCGGGUGUGCAGCAUCUCGGCGAGCGCGCUCCGCCGUCUGCCCCUGCGGAGGGGCCCCGGCUCCGGCCACCCCGCCGGAGCUGCACCUGGGGCGGGGCCGAGGGCCUACUCGAAAGACAGUGAAAGCAGCUGGUUUCGUUCCCUCUUUGUCCACAAAGUGGAUCCCCGGAAGGAUGCUCAUUCCACCCUCCUCUCAAAGAAGGAGACCAGCAACCUGUACAAGAUUCAAUUUCACAACGUGAAGCCAGAGUGCCUGGAUGCCUAUAACAGCCUGACGGAAGCGGUGCUCCCCCAGCUUCACCUAGACCCGGACUAUCCUUGUGCAUUGGUGGGAAACUGGAACACCUGGUAUGGGGAGCAGGACCAGGCAGUACAUUUGUGGCGAUUCUCAGGAGGCUACCCUGCCCUCAUGGACUGCAUGAACAAACUCAAGGUGAACAAGGAGUACCUGGAGUUCCGGAAGGAGAGGAGUAAGAUGCUGCUGUCCAGGAGAAACCAGCUGCUUUUGGAAUUCAGUUUCUGGAAUGAGCCUGAGCCUCGUGAGGGCCCCAACAUUUACGAACUAAGGACUUACAAGCUGAAGCCAGGGACCAUGAUUGAGUGGGGAAACAAUUGGGCCCGCGCGAUCAAGUACCGUCAGGAAAACCAGGAAGCCGUGGGUGGCUUCUUCUCCCAGAUUGGAGAGCUCUAUGUGGUCCACCAUCUCUGGGCCUAUAAAGACCUGCAGUCCCGGGAGGAAACUCGAAAUGCCGCCUGGAGGAAGAGGGGCUGGGACGAGAAUGUAUAUUACACAGUCCCUCUGGUACGGAACAUGGAGUCUCGUAUCAUGAUUCCCCUGAAGAUCUCACCCCUCCAGUGACCCUGCGGACCCCUUUCUCAUCACUGGAGGGAGCUGUUAGCCAGAAGAGCCCCUCUCCUCUCCUCCCCUCCCCAGACACUCCCCCUUCCCCCACACCCCUCUACCACCUCAUACCCCACUUCCCCUCCCCCCCAUCCUCUCAGAUUUUAUGCCUCAUUCUUUCUUUGGGGUCUGACGGGUUCCUCGGGGAGUUAGGUCAGGCUGAGGCUAGCUGAAUUAGACCAAGACCUAGCUGCUUCUAAUGCCCAUCCACCUUCUCCCCAUUCUGUUCUUCCUUUGGUUUCGGGCAGCUAGGUGACUCGGUGGAUAGAGUUUGGGGCUUGGAAUCAGGAAGACCUGUAUUUAAAUCAUGCAUAAG